AUGAGCGGAGACCUUGAAUCUGAGAAUGAUGGCGGUAGCGCCGACGCUGUGAGUAGAUUGCUGAGUACGAAUACGACGCUGGGAAUUAUCGCUGGGCUCACGCUGGCAGCUGCGAACGAGCAUCAGGACGAGGACGAAGGUCAUAUCCCUCCUAUGCCGGGGCCGCUUGGGCGAACUCGACGGAGAAGCGUCUUUGGUCUACUUGGAGCUGGUCCCAACAGCUUUGCCGCUUCGAGUCCUGUCAAGAAGCCGCAUGGGGCCCACUCUGCCGUGUUUUCCGUGCAAGCACCUCGUGAGACGAUCCAGAGACUGCAGAACCACAACAAGCUACUCCAACAAGAAUUAUCGAUCGAAGCGAGAGCAGCUCGAGAGUUGUUAGGCCAGGAAAAGCGCAGUCGAGUCGAGCAGCUCCGAUCCUCGCUCGCCGCAUUCGGUGGAAAGCUCGCCAAGGCGCAGCGUCAGGUGGAGAAAACCGAGCAGAUUAUCCACCGGAAAACUCGAGAGCUAGCAGCUUUGCGUCUAGCAUUGCAGCCAAUUCCUGCACACGAAGCCGCAGCACAGAUCGCCGCCGAAGCCGAGGCCGGUACGCCUGGCAAACCUUUAGCUGGGGCGGCCGCUGCUGCUGCAGUUUCAGGAAGACUCCGCGUGGCGGAAAACCGCUUAGAACUCGCUCUCGUCCGCAAGAAUGAGGUCGAUUCUGCCAAUAAACAGUUGCUCGCUCGAGUGGAUGCUGCUCGACGAGACCGAAUCAUCUUUGACGGCAUUUAUAAGAAGCUCGAGCGAGAAACUAGCGGAUGCAGGUCUCGUCAUGAACAGGCGAAAGCUGACUUGACGCGAGCAACCCAGGCUCGAGAAGCGUUGGCUCGUGAAGUUGCACGGCUACAGGAUGCUGCUGAACGCGAGCAGUUUGAGUUCGAGCACCAAUUCCAGGACCUUAAGCACAGUAUCGAGCACUGGCGCCGCGAAACGGGAUUGCGUCUGGCUGCCAGUGAGUUGCAAAACUCAUCGUUGGGGUUAUCGGAACUGGAUGCAAACUCCGAGUACGAUAAAACUGGUGCAGGAACGCUCUCUCGAGUCACUGCGUUGUCAACGUGGAAAAUUGGUGUGGAUCGAGCCCUCACGUCGGUCCCUGAUAGCUUAAUGACCAAAUAUGAUCAAGCCUUUUCCGCUAUACGUGAGCGAACAGGACUGCAGGACGCCUCAGCUCUAGCUCAGGACUUACUGGCACGCGAUGCAGCCAAUUUUCAGCGCUUCAAGCGUGUGGAGGAACUGAGUCGUGAGGAAGUGGCACUUCAGACUCAAGUGGCUACACUCACCACGCAGUUUGAGACUUUCAAAGCGCGUGAAGGCAUCGCAAGUCGAGCCUCGCAGAAACAGCAAUGCAGGCGCGUUGAAGCAGCUUUGCGUGAAACCCAACAGGCUUGCGACGACCUGGACGCUGAGAUCGAGGAACGAGAUGCUGUAUUGGCCAGAAUUAAGACCUCGGUGCACUCGGUUCGCAACACGAUGGCUCAUGCAGCCUCAGGUGGUGGUACCACGAGUGGAAAUGCAACGGCACUCGGACAGGGCAUCACGGACUCGAAUGUUAUCGAAUAUUUGCAGGCUAUUGAGAUGUACACGACGGCACUACUACAGAGCAAAGCUGGUGGUGAAGCAAGUGCAACUUCACCGGCGAAAGCACGCGGUCAAGGUACAGUACAAGCGCAGACAUCGAACGCAGAUGCAGCCUCACCACUCCCAGUGGGACAUGGCCCGCCGACACUAUCGUCUGAUCCGCGUCAAAAGCUUCGUGUGCAUGUGCCAUCAUUUGGUGGAGUUGAUGGGGUCAUCGAGCUGCCUGCGCCUCUGGCAUCCGAUGGAGGCACCAGCCCGACAUCGAAACGGCAUAGCUCGAAGCCGUCACGCCGUACAUCAUGUCGUGAAUCGGUUUCUCUACGCCAAUUCGCUGGAGCACUCGCUGUAGCUACUUCACUGGGGGAAGAAAUGAUGGGGAACCACCGACGAGUUGGAAACGAUAAGAAAACCCCCGAAGCUAGCAGAAUUGCAACUGGAGAGGAAAUGGAAGACGAUGACGAGGACGAGCGAGCGCUUAGCUAUGAAGAACUCAAACGUUUUGCAGAGAAGAACACGAAAAGCAAGCGGCGUGGAAACACUUCUUCUAAGGUGCAUCGCUGA